UUCUUUUGUUGUCCCCCAUUUGACGCUCAUAUCAAAGUCUCCUUUUUUCCAUCUCUCUCUCUCUCUCUCUCUUUCUUUCUCUCUCUCUCUCUCCCUUGUGCUUCUCCACCCUUCUGCUAGUGCCAUCUCACUAUCCCAUCUUUCAGCCUUCCAACCUUCCCUCUUUCAUCUUUCCAUCUUCACUUGUUGCCUUUGCAUAUUCCCUAUUAUGCAAAUCACCUCAUAGUGCUCUCUCAAUAAUGGCUUUAUACCCCCCAGGCGUAUGAGUCUGUCAACAUGUUUUGUUUUACCAUAGAAACAGGCCUUCGAGCACUACUAGGGGUCUUUUUACUGAGCUGCAUCUUCCUUGCUGCCUCCUACAACACCACCUUUGCUUUUGAUCACCCUCUCAAUACCGCUGUCCUGACCUCCUUCCUCUCCGGGACCUCCCUCUUAAUCCUGAGCAGAUUUAUCGGCCAUGUCCCCAAGAUACCGUCGUCGAAUCCUCACAAGUACUCCGCCAUCCCACUUGCCGACCAUGAUCAAUCACCUACAGAGCUCCUAUCUCCGAUCUCAGUCCCCGGUGAUUUUGCGCCGACAAAAGCACGUAUCCCCAGUCGGUGGCUGAAAGUUGGCGUGCUCGCAGCUCUAGGUUGUGUACGAAUCGCUCUCUAUCGCAGCAUUACACUCAAUAUUGAAUGUGCCCCCACCGGAUACGAAUGGUUAAUCCCAUUCGUUAUCGCCCUCUACGACUUCUGGCGCACCCAACGUUCUCGCCCUGUUCAAACCUGGAUUGCCCCCGAUCGCCCGCAGAACCCUCGUCUUCGCUUCCUGGUUGCAACAGCCAGUCGCAUUCAUUUUUGGGCGUUCCAGAGUCGCUUCAGGUACAUCCUGUCGGCCGCCUUCCUCGCCGCAAGUGGCCUCUUGGUCAGCUCUUUCCACGAUGGCAGACAAUCAUCGUACAUUUGUCCCAUCUUGUCCGGCCAGCAUCUACGUCAGCGUAUCUUCAAAAUAUUCAACCUUAUCCUUGAUUCUAUCACUUUAAUUGGUGCCGCUGAGCUUUCCGGCGAAGGCGCUCGUCCACGAGAGGGAAGAAGGAAGCAGACCUUGGUUUCCUGGGGAUAUACCCUUCUGGGGGUCACAGCCUUUUGGGCAAUCUUAACGGUCUAUUUGACAACUAGAUCCACCGACGAUACCUUUGUCACCUUGGAUUACGUCCGCAGCGCUGUGAGUCAGGCGGUACUGGUUACAAUCGUAAUUGUAUCCGCGUCCCAAUUGGUAUCCUACUACGGCAUGGUUGGUAUCUGCGUGUUGGCGGGCUUCAUCUUGACUUACUGCGACUGGACAUCGGCUAUCUUCAAUGCACAAGAACCCUUUCCACUAAUAUUCGCGUCUCGGGCCUUUGCUGCGCUAUUUCUCAGCUUCCUCGGUGGCGUGACAUUUCUCUAUGCACGCACCGUUUCCGAGGAUGAACCCCCGUUUUUAUGCCGCUUUAACUCGGUUAUUCGGUUCCUCUUCACAUUAAUGUUUGGAAUUGGACUAAUUUGGGUCUUCAACCAGCCCAGCGAGGGCCACGUCCAUCCAAUAGAUCUGCUCAUCUACGAAGGCAAGCAGAAACAUGAUAUAUGGCGCAGCGGAGCUAAGGGAAGUGGUAACUUGGAGGAAGCUAUCCAAGUUUAUCAGAGCAAAUACAAUCAACUUCCACCACCGGGCUUCGAUAUAUGGUACGAAUAUGCUAUCAACAGGUCUUCAGUAGUGAUCGACGACUUUGACCAGAUAUAUGCGGAUCUCCUCCCCUUCCGCGCCUUAGCACCCGCAAAAAUUCGAUCCCUAACCCAACAACUCGCCACAAAUCCGUUCAACGAUAUAGGCGCUCUAAGCAUCCGCAACGGGUCUGUUAGAGUACAGGAGGGCAUUAAACCGACACACGCCUGGAUGGUUUUGGGCGCGGCCCAAAUUAUUGAAAAUUUUUCCCAGUACCUCCCGGACAUGGACCUAGCUUUCAACCUGAAUGAUGAACCGCGUGUGGCAGUUCCGUGGGAGAAACUGGCGGCAUUGAAGAACCAGGCGGAGACUCAGCGGUUCCCGCCCUCUAAGUACAACAACGCUCACAUCGACUGGUCGCCAGAUCGCGAUGAAACAUGGGCACCUCUAGAGCCCCCUGACCGGACCACCCACACCGUGUUUAUCGAUAGCUCGUUCAAAAACAUCUUCGACCAGUACGUUAGGCCAACGUGCCCACCGGGAUCGAAAGCUCGAUCUCAACGGAUCUGGGAUAAACGCAACCUAUGUCUGAGCUGCAUUCGACCCCACUCAAUGGGCCAUUUCACUAAGGACUGGAAAGUCGCAACUGACAUCUGCCACCAACCUGAUCUCGCCACCCUAUCGGGGUUCUUCCUCUCCCCCGCCUCGUUUCGAGUUACCCAGGAACUCGUCCCUGUCUUCAGUCAAAGCAGCAUAUCUGGGUUCAAUGAUAUCAUCUUCCCCAGCCCUUGGAACUACGUCGAUAAAAUCAGCUACCAGCCGAAUGACAAUCACCCCGACCGGGACUACAGCGACAAAGGCAACGACAUGUACUGGAUCGGCAGCACCACCGAAGGCCUCAGCCACGACGGGCGAUGGAAAGGCAUGCCGCGCCAACGCCUCGCGCACUUCGUCAAUAACAACACCUACAACCACAUCUCCGUCCUCCUCCCGGCCUCCAAGCCCGACAACUACGCAUACCAGAUCUUCCCCGGUCGUGCCCCCUCCGAAACCCUUGGCCUAAAUGCCUCCGUCAGCAUCACGGAUAUCACUCGCUGCUGGGUCGAAGACUGCAACGACCAAAAAGCAGAGCUUGGUGCUGGCACUCCUGUUGACUUUCAGAGCCACUGGCAGCACCGUUAUCUCUUCGACUCCGAUGGCGCAGGUUUUAGCGGCCGGUUCCUCCCAUUCCUGCAGAGCCACAGCCUCCCCUUCAAGACAGGCCUCUUCAGGCAAUGGUUCGACGCGCGUGUGACCCCGUGGCUGCACUACGCACCCAUCGACAUCCGUCUUCACGGCCUCUGGAGCACCCUCGCCUACUUCGCUGGCGUGGAUGUUCGUCUCCCCUCCCAACGAAGAAUCAAAAUGCAGCCCCAUGAUCUCCAGGGCCGCUGGAUUGCCGAGGAAGGCCGCAAAUGGGCGCAAACGGCACUCCGGAAGGAAGAUAUGGAGAUUUACUUCUUCCGCCUUCUUUUGGAAUGGGGCCGAUUAACUGACGAUCGACGCGAUUUGCUUGGAUUUACACCGUCAUGAUUUCC